AUGAAAGCGGUGCUUUGGCUUAACGGGAUUCGCGACUCGGCUGGACGGCCAGCAGCAGGGGGGCGCUGCGAGCGUCAGUCAGCCGCAGCCGCGGCGAUCCUUCCCGCACAUGCGCCAACCCUUUCCCUCCCUCUCCCUCCGCUCAUCCCAACCUUGCUCGUGCAUUGCACAUGCCUUCCGCAAUGUCUUCCCAAAUUCACCCUCUCGCUCCACCAUCCUCCCCGCCACCCUCCCCGCCACCCUCCCCCCCAACCCCCUUCCCCCCGGCGCGCAGACGAGUAUCUGGUGAAGCGGCCCGCCAAGCCGUCGGCCGCGGAGUCGGUGCAGUGCGAAUGCCACAAGGGCGCGGGGGGGCGCGCGCGGGAGAGCAUCACGGGCCGGGGGUGGAAGCGACUGGUGGUGGCGGAGGAAGAGGAGGAGGAGGAUGAGGAUGAGGGGGAAGAGGAAGGGAGUGAUGAUGGGAGCUCGGAUGAUGAUUUGGAAAGGGGAGAGGCAGCAGAGGAGAGCGAGGAGGAGGAGGAGGAGGAGGGGGAGGAGGAGGAGGAUUUAGAAUCGGAGGAAGAGGAGGAGGCGGAGGAGGCGGAGGAUGAGGAGGAUGGGGAGUGGCAGGGAAGCAAAAGGAAGGGGGGCGCGCAUGUUGCACGUGAGUUGCAGCAAGCACUGCGGGUGCGGGUCGUCGUGUCAGAACGCGCCCUUUCACCGCCGCCCCUCACGCAAAGUCAAGCUCUGCAGGGUGCGUCGCGCUGGCCCCCCGCCUCCCCUCAACCGUCUCAGCACACCGCACCCCGAACCACGGAUAAGUGCGGGUGGGGCCUCAAGGCCAACGAGGACCUCCCUGCCGGAUGCUACGUGAUGGAGUAUGUGGGGCAAGUGAUAGACGACGCCACGUGCGAGCAGCGCCUGUGGGACAUGAAGGCCGCUGGGGAAACCGACUUCUACCUCUGCGAGGUGAGCAGUGACAUGAUCAUAGACGCGCGCUACAAAGGCAACCUCUCGCGCUUCAUCAACCACUCCUGCAACCCCAACUGCGAGCUGCAGAAGUGGCAGAUGGACGGGGAGGUGCGCAUAGGCGUGUGCACGCUGCGCGCAGUCAGCAAGGGGCAGUUCCUCACAUACGACUACCAGUUCAUAGGGUUCGAGCUACAGCCCAAGGAGUGCCACUGCGGGGAGCCCAACUGCCGCGGCCUCCUCGCCACCCGCACCAUCUCCCCCUUCACCCUCCCCCUCCCCUUCCCCUCCCCCGCCCUCCCCGCUCCCCCCCUUCCGCCUGCCACCGUCCCCACAUCUGCCACCCCCCCGCAUGCAGGGGGGACCUUUCCCCCUGGCGCUGCGCAGGGAAAGGGGAAGCGCGGAGGCAGAGGGGGAAAAGGGGACGGAGGUAAGGGGGAAGGGAGGGGGAAGACUGUGGUGGAUGUGUGUGGGGGAAUCGUAACAGGGGGCAGCGGGGCGGGCAGGGGCGGGGUGAGGGGAAGAGGAAGGGGAAGAGGAGGUAGUAUGGGGCAGCAAGGAGCAGUGGGAGUGGGGAGAGGAAGCGGGAGGGGAAGAGGGAGAGGCAGGUGGGAGGUAGGAGGAAGAGAGUGCGGAGAGAGGGGUGGGGGCAAGAUGGGGAGAGGCAGGGGUGUUUCUGCAGGAGGUGCAGCAGUGGCGAAUGCCUUGGGGAGAGGUGCAGGCGGGAGCAGCAGAGGCAGCGGCAGCGGGAGAGGGAGAGGGAGAGGGAGAGGGAGAGGGAGGGGGAGAGGGUGGGUGAAGCAGCCAAAGAGGCGGCAUUUGUCUGAGCUGCAUGCGGACGGGCACACUCUGGUGGGCGCUGGUGGUGCGCUUGACAUUGACCGAGACAUGGCUGAUGCUUCUCAUGCCAGGGCUAAGGGCCUGGCUCUAGAGGCGGAUGAGGAAGAGGAGGAGGAGGAAGAAGUGGAGGAGGAAGAUGAGCAUGAGCGUGCGGAAGAGGUAUCCACGAAAGGGCCUCAUGGGAGCAGGCGGCUUAUUCCGGGGCCAGGGUGGACCCCGGUGCCCCUGCUGCAGGGCGCCAGGCGCAGGCGCCAGGCACGGGGAGGGCGAGGGGGCAUGCGCAGUGAUGCACGUGGCAGCACUGCUGCCGCUGCUGCUGGCGGCAGCACUGCUGCUGGGGCUGAGGGCGGCGAGGGGGAGGGAGGUGGCAUGAGGGCACAGGAGGGAUCGUGUGUGACGUCAGUGGCUGCGGCUGGGGGCCGUGAUGCCAUGGCAGUGGGUGGGUGCACUGGUGGGCAGGAGGAGGACGUGGGCGUGGGCGUGGGCGUGGGGAUGGGCAGGGAGUGGGUCUCUUGCUGUCCUGCCACCCACUGUCACCUCUUUGCUGCUGCUGCGGUUGCUGGUGGUGGUGGUGGCUUCAGAGUACCUACUGGGCCCUGUCUGGCUGUUGCUAGUGCCGCCCCUGAUUCUGCUGUUGCAGCAGCUGCUGCCGUGGGAAGAGGAGCAGUGGGAUAUAGUGGGAGCAGACAGGCGGAAGUAGGGGGGGGUCAAUUGGGGCAGAGAAUGGGGGGGCAGCCUGUAGAGAGGGUGUACUCACGCAAGAGGCUAAAAAUGGAUGUGACUGUAAAGAAGGAGGCAGUGGGAGAGGAGCCACUGGCAGGUGUGAGGGUGUGUGCUGGUGAGGGCGAGAGGGGUGAAGGAGGGGUGAAGAGAGAGUGGGAAGAGGUGAAGGGAGUGGGGGAGGAGGUGGCGAAAGGGGGCCUCAUGCGUUAUGGAAGGGAGUAUCGACGGAGGAAGCGGAAUGGGGGGGAGGGGUCUGACGCCACAGGGGGCCGAGUGGGAGAGAGUUUCUGUGCAGCAUGUACGUGCAGAGGCGUGGAUGGCACAGCAGGCGUGCAUGCAGGUGGCGUGCAUGCAAGUGCAGGGGCGAGGAGUCCUGUGGUGAUAGCGCAUGAGCACCUGUGGCGCAUGGGUGCGGUGGAGGGAGCAGGGCAGACGGUGCCAAGGAGCGGGUGGCAGAAGCAGGCUCUCUCUCUCCUCCCACCUGCCCCUCGUGGCCCCUCAUCGCCAGAUGAUGCAUGCAAUGAGAUGCAUACUCAUGCUCGCACCACCUCCUGCAUCCCUGCAAAGGCCCAUAACCAUGCCCAUGCACCUGCCCAUGCCCAUGCCCACACUCAUGUGCACACGCAUGUACAUCCGUGUGUGCACAUCCCAACAGCAUGUGGUCUCGCUUACCCUGCAACAUGCAUGCAUCAUCACACCCAUGCCCAUGCGCAAGUGCCGUGUCACAUGCAUGCUGCUGCUGCCAUGCCCACUGACCUCUGCUGCCCCCACCAUGUGGGGCCAGUACACAUGUGCGCACAUGGCAUGGCAUGCCCAGUAGCAGCAGCACAGGUGUGUGGAGAGGGAGUGGCGGCAAUGAGGGGUGUGACUCCAGAUGAUGUGCCUGAAAGGGGGUCCGCCACUGGCAAUGGCGCGCUGGCAGUGGGUGCACACGUGGACACUGCUGGUUGCACUGAUGUGACACGUCAGCAGGAGAGGAAAGGGGAUGGAGGACGCUUGGGGGGAGAGGAGGGGAAGAGAGAGGGGAAGGAGGGAGGGUUUGAAGGAAGGGAAGGGAAAGGAGAGAGAGGGAGAGGGGGAGGAGUGAGAAGGGGUAGAGGAGGGAGAGGAGGGAAGGGAGGGAGAGGAGGGAGACGAGAUGGAAGAGGGAGCAAAGGCAGCGAUGGGAGAGAGAAUGCUGCCACUGGUGACACCAAGGGCAAGGGGCUUGGCAUUGCAUCUGCUGCUGCUGCUGCUUCUGGUGCCGCCAGUGGUGCUGCCGCGGGUGGGCAGGGCAGGAGCGGGGGCAUGGCAGGCAGUAGCGCAGCAGCAGGGCCGGGACGAGGGGGCAGUGGCAGCAGCAGGCUCGCAGCAGCUAGAGUGGUUGCAGCCGCAAUGACUCGCGUGGCGAGGGGAGGGCGGGGAGGGCGAGGAGGGAAAGGAGGGGGAGGAGGGAGAGGUGGGAGAGGAGGGAGGGUGAGUGUGGGGACAUCAGGAAGGGAAGGCGUGACCAUAGGAGGGAGCAGUGACGUGGAGACAGGGGGGGGUGGUGCUGCCAUGAAGGGGGGCGGGAGGGGAGGGAGAGGAGGGCGGGGGAGGGGGCGGAGGAGCGGGGGCGCGUGGUGGGGCGGGGGCGGGGGGCGAGGGGGCGCGGAGGCGGAGGGGGUGCGGGAUGCCAUGCUGGAGCGGCUGAGCCAGGCGCUGGUGGGGCAGCGCGUGCAGCUCUGGUGGCCGCUGGAACAGAGGUUCUUUGCAGGCACUGUCAUGGGCUUCGACCCCCCCACCAUGAAGCACCAUGUGCGGUACCAUGAUGGGGACGAGGAGCACGUGGUGCGGUACGAUGAUGGGGACGAGGAGCACGUGGUGCUGGGGCGCGAGCAGUGGCAGCUGGAGGCUCACCCACCAGGCAGAGCAGGCAGAGGCGUGCAGGGGGGAAGCAGCACGGGGAGAGGCGCAGGGGAGGGCGCUGGAGGGGAGGCGGAGGGCGAGGGGGAGGGGGAGGGAGCAGGGGAGGGUUCGGGAGGAAGAGACAGGGGGGUGAAGCGGGGUGUGGGGUCGGGCGGAGCUGCACGUGCUGCUACAGGCAAGGGCAAGAGGCUUGCAGAUGGUGCGCCCCUGCCGAGCCUCGCCGAUGCGCCGAAGCUGUUUGGUUCGGCGCAGCGGCCAGGUUCGGGGCUGAGCCGAGCGGAGCAGGAGGCACUGGCUCGGCAGCAGGCGCUGGUGGGGCGGCGGGUGGAAGUGUGGUGGCCGCUGGAACAGAGGUUCUUCAAGGGGGUCAUUGGUGGCUACGAUGCUUCCACUCGCAAGCACAGGGUAGCAUAUGACGAUGGUGACGUGGAGCAUGUGUCACUGCGUGCGGAGCGGUGGCGCUUUGAGAGACAAACGGUGCCACCCACUGCCUGCUACUCGUUGCCCUUCUCCUGGCGAUCCGAGCCAUUGACCCACCGUGCAGUGCGCGACCUGCAGGGCGAGCAGAUCAGGAUUUGGACGCCGCAACUCCACAGGUUCCGCGACGGCACGGUGGUGUCAGUGGCGCACAGCAAGUUCACCAUCGAGUUUCUGUACAACGAUGGGGAGAUCGCCGUGCUGGACCUCUCACACUGCCGCUGGGAGCUCGUGGACUCCGACUGA